AUGCCCGCGCGCCGAGUUGUGCGCAUCGCCCCUGUGCAACGCAGGACUAGGGCCUUAGGUUCCGGAGGGAGCUUGGGCAGAGAAGAGCAGUCCGGCUCCGCUGCACCGAGCAGCACGCCGCAGACAGAACACACCUUGCCCAAGGCUGCAAGCAGCGAUCCGGAGUCCUCGCCCCUCAGUCCUUCAGAGUCGUUGGACCAUAAAGUGAUUCCGAGUAACUCUGAGUUGUUCGCAGCCUCGGUAGGCAAUGUGGACUGGCUUCGGUUCUGUCUAAAUCGGGAGCACAGGGAGGUCAUAGCCGACGACAAGGGCUUCACCGCCAUCCACUUCGCAGCCCAGCAGAAAAAGCUUUCCUGCCUUCAGGUCCUGGUAGAAGAGUAUAAGUUUCCCGUGGAUCUGCCUACUAACAAGGGCCAGACGCCCCUGCACCUAGUCAUCCAUAGGAACAAGAAGUCGGACAUCCUCCCCUGCGUUGGCUACCUGCUUAAGAAAGGGGCAGCCAUCAACUCUCAGACAUGCCAUGGCUUCACACCCCUGCACCUAGCUGCCCGCAAUGGCCUGCUGGGAUGUAUGAAGGUCCUGGUGCAGAAUGGAGCCAAUGUGCACACCCAAGAUGCCAUGGGCUACAAGCCCAUCGACUACUGCAGACUAUGGAACCACCGCAACUGUGCCCGGUUCUUGAAGGAUGCCAUGUGGAAACAGGACAAGAAGGACUUUGCCCGAGAGAUGGGGAAACUGAAGACCCUGAAGGAGAAGCUGACCAUUUUGGAGUGCCGCUACCUGACUGAAUAUCAAAAAGAACAACAAAUCCGGAGGGAGACUCACUUCAGAGCAUGGCUCCAAGGCAAGGGGCUGAGCCGGCCCCAGAGCUCCGCUGACCCCAAGCAAAAGGCUGGUGUCCGACCUUGGUCACUGAUCCUCUCCAAGACUCUAAGACCCCAGACUGCCAAGAGCUUCCUGACCUAUCCUUCCGUAGAGGCUCAACUGCAAAGCCUGCCCUCCCCUGUGGUACCGCCAAAGCCCGUCUAUAAGCAGACCACUACCUUCAGUCGGCCCAAGUUGUGGAAUCUUAGCAAUAAUCCCGCCAGGUCCCCGACCACAGAAAUUGGCUUCCCUCAAGGUAUACGCCUGGGUGUACACCCAGAGCCCUAUAGGGAGCAUGACUUCUGCAGAUUCCUGCAGGUGACUCCCAACUCCCUCGGCGGUGCAUGCCUGCGCACAGUGGACAAUCACUUGGUGACGCCUGUACCCCAGCUGCCGUUUGAGUUGAUGGUCCGGGCACUAUUCCCAGGGGCUACACCCUACAGGAUCAAAGUGCCCCAGGGCUUGUAUCCAGUUGACAUCCUCAAAGUGCCCCAGAAACGGCAUUUGGGAGAUACCUCUACCAACACACUGGCUAUGAGCCUGCGUGAUACAUUUGAUGAACCUUUCCUGGCCACCCUGGAAGCUAGCAGGACUGGAGUGGCCCCGCUCUCCAAGGGAGUUCUCACAUAA